GCUAACAUGUCGUUCACAGGUUUUACAGUAAGCGUUCCCAUCACCGUACCAAAAUUCGACUGGGAAGCAAUUCUAUUCUCCGGCUCGCUACCAGUCGUCAAGAACACACCGAAGUGUACGGAUAAAGUGAUAACAGAGUUCUGUAAAGCGCGACCACCAAAUAUUUGCUUCGAGGAGAAACUGAGUAUGUUCAUGAUGAAAACUCAAUAG